UACUAUAGGAGGCUCAAUUCAGCCACGUUGGCGGUGGUGGAGGUCCCUUCGCUGGCCCCACUGGCGAACGGAGAGUUGGAGCUGCUUCGCCGCCACCAGCAGCUCCACCGCCUGCAGUGGGGUCAGUAUCUCCGUCACCAGGGUCCUCAGCGUCGCCACCCUCAGCUGGUCCGCCUCCUCCACCAUCCCCGCCAGCUUCUCUUCGUGCUCCUUCAUCGUCGCCUCAACCACCUCGCGUCCUCCACUCCCUUCGGCCACCUCCGCUCUCCUCCUUGCUCGGUCCACCGCGAUGGGCAGCAGCGGCUUGUCCGCCACGUCCUCCUGCAACGUGGCCAUCUUGGCGGACAGCCUGUCCUCUUCCUUCAACGUCCGGCAGUGGAGGUCGUUGACCGUGGCCAGCUGGGCUGCGGAGAGACCCACCAGCCCUCUCUGGAAGGCGGCGGCCAAGCCGCCGGGGGCGAGGAUGUCGUCGAGGUGGGCCUCGAGCUCGUAGCCGGAGAGGGCGUAGAGGAGGCGGAUGGAGAGGGUGGGGCGGCAGCCGCCGAGCCAGAGGAAGGAGUUCUCGAAGGCGGUGCACCACGGCGGGCAGAAGAAGGUGGGCCCGUCCUCCCUCGCCAGCGCCCGCCGCUUCUCGGAGUACUCCUUGUAGUGCCUCAUGCUCUUCUCCACCAACUCCCUCAGCCGCGAGUCGCUCUCCCUUCUCUCGCUUUGCAUGGACUCGAGCAGCUCGUUCAGGUCCGACUCCUGCUCUCGGACCCACUCGUCGAAGCAAGAACGAAACCGACCGUCCAUCCCUAGACUUCUCUAGCUGUGUCUGCGAUGGAUAUACUACGGAGUCCCAAUUUGGAAUUGAUGGGAGGGGAAGAUGGAGAGAAUGUAUAGGGAGAGGAGGUGGGGGCCGGGUUGGUGGUUGGCAUGGGGAGUGAAGAAAAGCGAGUGAGGGAUAGGACGGAAAAUGACGUUAAAGAGGCCGGAUCGGAACUGGAUGAUAGGGGAG